AUGUCUAAAUCCAAAGUAAGUAAACAUCAGAUUUUAGAAGAACUACAAAUUGGUAUGGCAGUGAGAAACACUGUUAGAAAUAUGGCUUACAAUCUAGAAAAUGUUAUCACAAAUUUACACGGAAUAGUUGGUGAUCUUCACGUGUUGGUGACCCAGAUUGACAGCGUAGCUGAUAAAAUAGACCGACCAAUCAAGAAUGGUUUCAAAAAGCCAGAAAAUGGCCUGCGAUAUAUGCUUACUCCAAUCAACGGAAGCUCGGAAAGUGUGUCGUCAAAGGGUGUCGUAUCUAACAACAUACAACAUUGGCAGGAUCUGAUAGAAACUUGUGAGAACCAGGAAUUUUCACCAGAUUUAGACUGGUCAUAUCUUGGACUCUCUGAAGAUUCGAAAGCCCCGUCUUUCCAACAACCAUCGAAACCACAGUUGCAAUGUUCGAUAUUCAAUGAUAGUGCAUGUUUUCCUGCAUCCACUAGCCUCCUUGAACCAUGUCAAAUAACAACAUCUACUGACAUAGACACUGAUAGUAUUUGUUCAUUAAUUGUUGUGCCUUAUGACGGCUCUUAUGAAAAAGCAGUUGAUGAUGUUUUGGAAAAUUUGGAUGGCGAAGAUGAUGAAAGUGAUUUUUCAGAUACAGAAACUUCAUCAGAUGCUCUCACUGCAUCCUAUACAUCAUCGACACAUUCCAAUGAAUCGUCAGUUUCUUCUAUAGAAUACCAAGCUGUAUAUAAUAGACACAUGAAUCCUUGGACAUGCUACAGUUCGGUUGUUAAUCCCCUGGAUCCCGUGGAUAUCGGUUCAUGUACACUCGAUUCUAAGGACUCAUUCAAUGUGGAUGACAUUCUCAAUGACAAUUAUCUAGAAUCUAAAUAUUUUGCACAUCGACUGGACGAGAAUAUCUCUAAUGUUGUGAUUUUCAAUCAAUAA